AUGGCAAACCGUGCAUCCAGACGUUGGACGAGGACUUCGAGUCCCGAGAGGCGCACGUCCAGGCGGGCGUCGGCCAUUAAUGAUUCGCAUGACUCAUCAUGCCCUUCGACGGAGCCUUUGAACCAUGAGGUUUCAUGGUCGUCUUCUCAUCGAUAUUCUGGAAGGCCUGAAGACGAGUUCGUAGCCACAAGCACUCAGACCCCGUUUUUCGCUGACCCCCACAGUUACGGUGCUGUGGAUGCUGUGACAUGUGACAGCUAUAUGGAUGAUCAAUAUCUGUCCAAUGAGACGUCCCACGCCACUGAAUAUCAAGAUGCUAGCACCAGCUACUACAUAUCCCACUCUCCCACGGACGGAGGGUCUGAAACUGCAGUCGGUCAGCAUCCGUAUCUCUCGUAUUACGGUCAUCCGGGGACAGGCUACCACGAUCAUAACAACACCGCUGCAGGCUCAUGGACCAACUCCCAGGGGGUGGACGACGUUGACUAUUACUAUCAGUCUCCCAAGCCCAUAGAGGAAGAGCCAGAGCAGAUCGACACGCAAGAUUCGGCUUAUAUCUCCACUGGAAUGGGCGUAUAUCAUCAGCGUAACCGAGGCUCAGGAGACUCGUCAUCGUCAACCGAGGCACAGCAGGGAUCUGUUCGGUGA